AUGCAACGCUCAGACUCUCUCUCAUCGAGCUCUUCCAAUCCUUCUUCCUCUCGGCCAAAUUCAUCAUCGUCCGGUCCCUUUGCCUAUCAAACUAGAUUACUUGAACGGACGUCCUCAUCCUCGAAGGGCUCUCUUUCAAGAACCAAUUCCCAGUCCAGUAACAAUAUCUUAACCAACACCACAGGAUCUUCUACCUCUUCAGCCACCAGGAGGUGGACUCCUGGUCACCGUGUGGCUAAUAGUUUGGAUGCUGUCCGAGGGAAAUGGGAAGAACGCGUCAGAGAAAAUGCUAUCGACGAAAGCCCUAGCAUUCCUCAAACGCCUACAAGGCUCACAACAUUUGCUAAGCUCCAGAAUGCUGUGGAUUCAUCGCCGGUACAUUCGACAUCGAGCCCAUUAGAGCGGACGCCUACAUAUCUCAAACGGUACACUACUUCAUCGGUACCAUCACCUAUUAUUGCGACUCCUCUUUCACCCAACAGCACCGGUGUCACUGUCGAAGCAGAUUCGCCGUCGCCGACCAUGUCUAGUCAGCGUAUCCAUCUGCCGUCUUACGAUCACGUUUCUAGAUCUGCAGGUGCCAUUGGACGUCCAACUUCUCCUACACUUCCACAACCUUCUCCUGCUCGUCGUAAUACCGUCGAUUUCAGCUCUCUCAAGCGCAUUAAUCCUCCGAGAAAUGAUGCGCAACCCCCUUCUACACCUUCCUCACCUUCCAUGUUCGACCAAUCCUCUAGUGUCAUCUCUACACCGACUUCUGUUCAACGCCGACCAACUUCCCUCUAUAGCCGACCGUCAGUCUCAUCUGACAGGGACAGGAUUCAGCAUCAGUCAACAGGAAGCACAUCCUUCAAUCCGCUUUCACCAACCUCCGCUAAUUCAAUUACCGCUCCAACCCCCUCCUCCCCCUCCUCCAACGUUAUGUUUCCAUCCACAUAUAAAAGCUCAUACAUGCAGAACAAAUCCAGAUACGGCAACACCCUAUCCGCCGGUGGUCGUCGUUUCGGUAAACACUUGCCGCGGAUAGCUAGUGGUGACACUGAGGAUCACGUAGAGGAGAAAAAGGAAGUUGAGAAGGAACCUCCGCCGAGCCGAGUGGAACGACGUGCAAUGCGCCGCGACGGAAACUUUGAUACUACGCCACGGAGAGCCACAACGCUUGAAGCCCCCGUUGCGGACUCCGAUGCCGUGAUAGGUAUUCCAGGGAGAAUGCGACUCUCUCGAAAUAAAGCUUUCAAUGCGCCGGCGCCGCUCCCUUCAGCUCGUCUAGCGAGGGGACUUUGGGCGGACACGCAACGGCAUCUUAUCCAGGCUUAUGAGUAUUUGUGUCAUGUCGGCGAAGCUCAACAAUGGGUCGAGGGUUGUUUAGAUCAGGAACUCGGAUUUGGAGUGGUCGAGAUGGAGGAAGGUUUACGAAAUGGUGUCGUUCUUGCGAAGCUAGUGAGAGUGUUUCAAGGAGAGGGAGUUGUCAGACGUAUCUAUGAGGCACCCAAAUUAGACUUUCGACAUUCAGACAAUAUCAACUACUUCUUCAACUUUGUUCGGCACGUCGGACUGCCAGAGUGCUUCAUCUUCGAACUCACUGAUCUUUAUGAAAAGAAGAAUUUACCCAAAGUCAUAUAUUGCAUACAUGCGCUCAGUCAUUUACUAGCUCGUCGUGGAUUAGCAGAACGGAUUGGUAACCUGCUUGGUCAACUCCAAUUUUCUGACGAUCAGCUGCAGGCAACUCAGAAAGGUCUUACUGCGUCUGGUGUUGCCAUGCCCAACUUUGGGAACGUCGGACGUGAGCUAGCGAAAGAGAUAAACGAGGAGCCUGAAGUAGAAGUUGAAACUGAAGAUGAACGUCGCGAUCGUUUACUCUUGGAGAACGAAGGAUCCAUCUUAGGGCUUCAGUCCGUUGCUCGUGGCUAUCUCGCUCGCCAAGCUCUGAAGGCACUGUAUGGCCAUCUGCAACUCAGUGGUGCUAAUAUUGUCAAGGUGCAAUCUCAAUGCAGAGCCGCCAUGACUAGGAGGCAUAUGUUACAGCAACGCAAUGCCCGCAACGACCUUCGUCCAUGGGCGGUGGCUUUACAAGCAAGAAUCCGUGGAGCACUAGCUCGGAAGAGAUGGUACUCACAUCUUUCCCGGAUAGCUGAUUCGUCUGUUUCAGUUGUCAAACUGCAGGCUCAGCUUCGUGGUGUACUACUGCGUCGGCGGUACAAUCGUCUUCGAGGGGCUCUUCGAAGCAGCAAAAGAGUUUUUGUGAACUUACAGUCGAUUGCUCGGGCGAAAUUGACGCGUCAGACACAUAACGAGCUCGCGAGGACAUUCUCACAUCCUGAAGUACUAUCGUCGAUUGCUGCCUUCCAAGCUCAGGGGAGAGCUGUUCUUUUCAGGCGGAAAUUUUCUCAGCGUGCCGCACUGAUGUACCGUCUUUCGCCAUGCUAUAUCGCAUUGCAGGCUCAUUGUCGGGGAGUAUUGGUCAGGAGACAGAUGAGAAAGCAGAUGGCAAAACUAGAAGACGUGAGCCAGACAGUGGUCCGUAUCCAAGCUGCUGUCAGGACGUACCUUGCUAGGAAACGUCUCUUACUUCUUAUUCGUGGCUUGAGAAAAGCAACACCGCUUGUUGUUGGCUUCCAGGCGCGCGCAAGGGCUGGCCUCGCACGACAAAAGCACGAGAAUCUCGGUAAAGCGUUAUCAGAGGUCAAGACGAUCAAAGCCGUUCAUGGAAUGCAGUCAUUAGCGCGGGCAGCGUUGGCACGCAAUCGACAUCGCGAAAUCACUCGGAAGCUCGACUUCAUUGCCCCAGAUGUUGUGGGCUUGCAAGCUGCUGUUCGAGGCGCACUAUCACGCGAUUUGUAUUACCGCUGGAGAGACCAUCUACAUAACAACGAACAUGUAGCGACGGUGCUUCAAGCAAUGCUACGUGGAUUGGUCCAACGCAAGAAGUUUCGUGCGAAAAUGGACUAUUAUCGUGCCAACCUGAGCAAGGUUGUCAAGAUCCAGUCGCUCUUCCGAGCAAAGGAGACUCGUGAGCAAUAUCGUCAAUUAACAAUGGGCAAGAAUGUCACGGUCGGAACUAUCAAAAACUUUGUCCAUCUCCUUGACGAUUCAGAGACAGACUUUCAAGAAGAGCUCAAGGUUGAGCGGCUCCGAAAGAAAGUCGUGGAAAACAUCCGCGAAAAUCAGGCACUGGAAAGUGACGUCACUGAUCUUGAUGUGAAAAUUGCCUUGGUUGUGCAGAACGUGAAAAGUUUCGAGGACGUACUGAAAGCUCGGCGUGGGCUUGGUGCAGAUAGUGCUGCUGCUCAUGCUGCUCGGAGUCAUCUUCUAGCAGCCCAUGGAGACCCUUUUGCUGGUCCUAACACCCUUGAUCAGACAGCUCGACGCAAAUUAGAAUUAUAUCAACAAUUGUUCUACCACCUCCAAACGCAUUCGGAGUAUCUUAGUAGACUUUUUGUUCGGCUUUCGAGAGACGAUACUCCGGAGAAGGAUAGACGUUUCACGGAAGCCGCCGUUCUGACACUAUAUGGUUUUGGUCAGGAUCGUCGGGAAGAUUUCUUGUUACUUAAGCUGUUCCAAUCUUCAAUCUACAACGAAGUCAGUGCGGCGCGCUCCAUCCAGGAUAUCAUCGAUGGUCACCCGAUGUACAUCAACAUCGCUGUACACUAUGUUCGACCCAAGCAAAUUGCAUAUGCUCGGGACACUUUCCAAACCUUAAUACGUCAGAUAGUAGAAGAUGAUGACCUUGACUUUGAAGUUGACCCCACCGUCGUCCAUCGCGCUAGGAUUGAGUUGGAAGAAAUGAGAGCUGGUAGACCAAGCUCACAGCCGAAGGAUGUAUCGUUCCGCCAAGCUUUGGACGAUCCCGCUACGAGGCCCAUAUUCAUUAGGCAUCUUCAGGCAUUGCAACUAUGGACCGAUCGUUUUGUUGCCGCCAUCAUACAAUCUACUAAGAAGAUGCCUUUCAGUAUGAAAUACCUCGCUCGCGAAACUCUAGCUUGUGUCCGUGAAAGGUUUCCUGAUGCACCAGAAGAGGCGUACGCUGCAUGUGUCGGUAGGCUGGUUUACUAUCGAUAUAUCAACCCGGCUAUAGUCGCUCCGGAAACGUUCGACAUCGUGUCCAAGACUGUUGAUAUCUCAAGCCGCAAGAAUCUUGCCCAAAUAUCCAGAGUUUUGACACAAAUUACCGGUGGCGCUGUGUUCGACGAUCAUAGUCCGAACAUGAUGCCCAUCAACGAGUUUGUUUCAAGAGCCAUUUCCCAAAUCUCCAGCUGGAUGCUCGAGGUUGCCAAUGUUCCCGAUGCCGAGACAACAUUUCAUGCCCACGAAUUCUUGGAUGCUACUGUUCCACCGAAGCCCAUAUAUAUCUCCCCAAAUGAGAUUUACUCAAUGCAUGCAUUGAUAGUCCAACAUCUCAGUGAAGUAGCUCCUGCUCCGGAUGACGCUAUCAGAGCUAUCUUGACGGAGCUCAACGGGGUUCCUAACUUUGGCAAUGAAGAGCUCAAAGACGCACGCGACAGAACCAUUACCUUGGAGCUCACGAACCGUUUCGCCAACGUUGAAGAUCCUCUAGCGGAAGAAAAGACACUUUGGGUUCAAGCUAAACGAGGAGUUCUCGCAAUACUUCGAGUUCAGCCAACGCAAGAUUUGCUUGGAGCAUUGCUUCGUCCAGUUACUGAAGAGGAUGAGAGCGUUUGGGAAGACAUUCUGGACGCUGAGAUAGCCAAUGAAGCUCGGCAAAUUCCUAGGCGACAGGCUUCCGCUAUCGGUGCGGAUGCUGCUUAUCGCCUCGAGGAUAUUCGACUACUUAAUUUCGCUGCUGUGAAAGCUAUGGCGAUUCAGCAUUUACUCAAAUUAGAGAGCCUACAAAAGAUAUCUCGCGAUGACGGAUUUCAAGGAAUUCUGAAUGCUAUUGCUGGAGAUGUUCGCAGCAAACAUCGCAAGCGCCUACAGCGACAACAGGAAAUGGAGAGUAUGAACGAGGCACUGCAGCAUCUGGCAGAACGCAAAAAGUAUUUCCAGGAGCAGAUCGACAGUUAUCAUAAUUACGUCGACGCUGCGAUGAACACCAUGCAGCGGGGAAAAUCUGGAAAAAAGCGCUUCGUUCUACCGUUCACUAAACAAUACUUUCAUCUCCGAGACUUGCAAAAGGCAGGUCAAAGUCCCCAGUUCGGCUCUUACCUCUAUACCGCAAAAUAUCUUUAUGACAAGGGGAUCCUACUGUCCAUUGACCAAUAUUCUCCUCGUCAAUUCGAUAAGCUCAAUAUCACAAUGUCUUCAAACACUGCCGGAAUUUUCACCAUCACACUAGAGUCUUCCGCGUUUGGGGUUUCCUCGCGCGUUGCUUCUGAAGAUGUUCGUAUGGAGGAGCUCCUUCAGGCAAAGUAUGAGCAGCGUUCCUUCAUUUCCUUGUUCGACGGUAGAGCCAAGUUCAACUUUGAGCUAUUCCUGUAUCAAAUCAACAAAAAGUAA